AUGUCGGCCCAAGAGGAUAGUAAUGGUGUCGAAAGACCCAUAUAUUACCUCAGUAGAGUGUUGGUAGAUGUUGAAACUAAGUACAGUCUCAUAGAAAAACUAUGUAUAUGUUUGUACUUUGCCUAUAUGAAAUUAAAGCAAUAUAUAAAACCAAUUGAUGUUUAUAUUUCGUCUCAUUACGAUAUUAUUAAACAUAUGUUGUCUAAACCUAUUCUGCAUAGUAGAAUUAGAAAAUGGGCACAGGCGUUAACAGAGUUGUCUCUAAUAUUCAAACCUUUAAAGGCCAUGAAAGGCCAGAUUAUGGCGGAUUUUAUAAUGGAUCAUGUCAUGAUCGAAUCAUCUAUGAACGUGGUCAAUGCCAAACCAUGGUGUCUGUAUUUCGAUGGGUCGAGUCACAAAGACGAAACAGGAGUCGGGGUAUUGAGAUUAUCCCCUCAAGAUGGUCUGACGAAGUUUAAGUACAAGAUUAGUGAAAAGUGUUCCGAUAAUGAAUCUGAAUACGAAGCUUUAAUAGUUGGUCUUCGACUUUUGAAAUUGAUGGGAGCCAAGCAUUUUGAAGUUACAGACAUAAUACAUAUACCUAGAAAUGAAAACCAAGAAGCCAACGAGUUGGCUCAAAUUGCUUCAGGGUAUAAGAUGUAUAAGUCAAAAUUACAAGAUAUGAUCGAGGUUCGAGAGAAAAUGGUGUCGAGUACACCACCAACCGAAGAUAUCCUCGACAAGAAUGACAGUCGUAAUAGAGAGCCCGACGGAGAAUGGAAGGAAACCUGUGGAGUUGAGGAGGCCUGGGAACUUAGAAUUUUCGUUGUCAACAGUUCAUCUCCAACAGACUAG